ACACAAAAUAAACUCAACUAAGCCGGAAGUUUACAUUAAACUGCUUAUGUAACACAAUUUUUCUAAAUAUAGUCGAGUUCUGAGUUUUAAACAAUAUUUUGCCUUGAUUUAUGCAACUAUUGUGAAUUUAUGAGCAUAUUUAGAUAUAAAAUAGUGUACGUUGUUUGUUUAUAAAUUAAAACGAGAACUUCCAUACACGCGAGUUCCGAGCACAUUGCUGCGCACGUGAAGCCUGAGUGAGUCAGACCAUUACAGUAUUUAGCCUUAGGUUCUGUGACGAAUAUGUAUUUCGUCAAAGCAAUUGGACAAUCUUUCGGAUAUAUGCUGGAGAAACCACCCUACACGGUUGUGGAAUCAAAAGAUGGUUACGAGGAGCGGAAGUACGCGGCCGCUAAGUGGGUGAGCACCACGGCGCAAGACAUGUCUCAGGAGAACGCGGUCAACACGAGCUUCAGGAAGCUGUUCACAUACAUCACAGGGGGAAACGAGCUGGGUGAGCAAAUCUCAUCAUACAUCCAGCUAAGAAACGUGUGUGCAUCAGGCAGCGAUUUAAAAAGAACCAAAGUAGAUAUGACGGCGCCCGUUGCGACCCGUAUAGUCCCGGGGGCCGGGCCUAACUGCGAGAGCACGUUCACGGUGUCAUUCUACAUCCCACCGAAACACCAGGAGUCACCGCCGGCACCCAAGGACAACAGUGUGUUCAUCGAAUCCUUCCCGGAAAUGACCAUAUACGCAUCAGGUUUUGGUGGCUUUGCAGACGACACGAAGUGGAUUGCACAUGCCCGGGAGUUGUCCGAGAAGAUUAAGGACAAAAACUUUCACCAAGAGUUUUAUUUCACCGCAGGGUACGAUGCCCCCUUCAAAUUGUUUAACCGAUUGAACGAGGUCUGGUUCGUCAAAAAGGAUUCUUGAGUCAUUACAUGUUUGGUGUCUGGUGUGACCGAACCAUCGUAGAUCUUCAUUAUGUUAGCAUUAUUAUUGAUUUAUACAAUUAAGCUGUUCGAUAAUUUUGUUUCGUGUGCCAUACUGUCAAAUACUCAUAUGUUCAUCCUUAUUAUAAAGAUUGUAUGGUAGUUAUGAUACACAAGUGAUGCUGUU